AGGCUCUUCCCUCAGUCCCUUGAAUCCCCAUCAUUUCAUUGAAAGGCUCCGUGAGCCGAGGACGUGAAAGGAAGCUGCUCUCGGUGACUGCCAGUUGAGAUAAUUCGCUUCUCUUUCCUUCUGACCUCUUUUCCUCUCUAGUUCCCCCUCCCUCUCUUCCGUGUCCGGACAAGAGCCCUCAAAGGCUGGCGGAAUCUUGUGUUACUUCCAGGCGAUGAUGGCCAAUGCACCAACGGCGCUUUUGGAAUUACUGGAACUAGAAUGAAUAGCAGCUGUCUCCAUCUGCGAAGCUUGGCAUGGGAUCUUAAUAUUCUUUGAAACACUUCGGGGGCAAACAAAAAUAAAAUAAGAUGGUCUCUCUCUCUUUGGGUUGCAAAGACACGGCUAUGUGAGAAGCGAACGCUGCCAGUGUUCACCAUGUUGCUGACGCGCUUGUGCCCAAUGCCAGUCAGUACAUUUGGACGAGCUGCUGGCUGCCACGCCUGGAUACUGCUCGCUAUCUUUCACCUGGUCAUGGAUUUUUCCUCUUGUGAAUCGAAGCUUCAGGGUCAAGUGUUCAGCCACUCUUCGGGGUCACUGCACCCACCGCCCCGCCACCGAGCUGUCAGCGAUCCUCUUUGGGAGUACAAAAGUAGCCGGCACGGGAGAGUUACAAAACCCUGGUGGCACAGAAUGUUUUGGCCGGAGACUCAUCCUGGAAGACAAAUCCCAAACAAGCCGAACAGGAUUCACAAACACAAGGAACUGGCAGGUAGCCUGUGCAUCAAUUGCCAGUCCAAACAAUCUCACAGAUUGGACCCUCCAGUCUCAGUGGAGACCAGGGACUCUGUAAAAUUGACCCACUUGAAAAGGGCAAGGAGGCAGAGUGAUAACUUUGCAUUUGACCACUUUGAAAAGCCCAAAUGCACUUCAUACGACAGUGAGGGAACAGCGACUGAGAUGCCUUGUGCCAUUGAAUGGGGCCCCACGAAGGAAGAGCUGACCGAUGUCAACGUGUUUUCAACUCCGGCGAGUCAUUCCACCAUCACCUUGUUGUCCUCCACCAGAACUACAACUGCCAGAACCACACCUGCCGCCACCACAGCCAGCUCCACCACCACCACUAUGCAAACCACCACCGCCUCACUCAGCAGCCACAUCAUAGUGGUGCCACAGCCAGCUCUGCUCAGCACAACGGACCCAAGCCUUAGGUGGGACCCGCCCAACACAGUCCGCCCCUCCCGCAUCGGAGAGACAGGAGGUUUGGCUGUACAUCAGAUCAUUACUAUCACAGUCUCUCUCAUCAUGAUUGUUGCUGCUUUGAUAACAACGUUGGUUUUAAAAAACUGGUGGGAGAACAGCUGUGCACAGAGUGGGAAUGGCCGGCGGAACAGCCACCAACGGAAGAUCAACCAACAAGAAGAAAGUUGCCAAAAUCUCACCGAUUUCACCGCUGCCCGAGUGCCGAGCAAUCUGGACAUAUUCACUGCGUACAACGAGACCCUGCAGUGCUCUCACGAGUGCGUCCGGGCUUCAAUGCCAGUCUACACGGACCAGGGGCUGCACCAGACCACAGUCUACAAAACCACAUUCAAUGGAAACCGAACGCCCCCAUCUGAACGGCAGCUAAUCCCAGUGCCCUUCGUCUCGGAGAAAUGGUUUGAAAUCUCCUGCUGACUGACCGAAGGCUCUUACUCCUGGGCCGGGGUGACGUCACCUUUCUAAUUCUUGGAUUCCACUGGUGAAUCUGUGAAACACACGGAUGUCGACAUUUUGUUUGCGCACCCGUGGGACAGGGAGCAAAGAGAAUCUUGUUUAUUUUUGUAAGCGUGGAUGCCAAUAAAAUAACAUUAUUUUAUGAAGAAGAAAGUAUGGAAGAAGUAUUGAAGAAUGAACCGUUUUGCCAGAAAUUGGAAUGGCGUGCAAAGUUGGGCGAGGAGAACGACACAGCAGCCAAAUUCCGAUAAGACUGAUGACCUCUCAGAAGUGUCUACAGUGGAGAUACAAUCUCAUGAACUAGGAUCCACUACCAACAGUGCCAUUAGAUGCCACGUACUUAGAGACUGCAGGCUGGUACGAUCCACUAACAGUACUUAACUCUUUGAGCAGCAUUUAAUAUUUUUUGUCCGGGAGAAAUAAUAUCUCUUCUUUCUGUAAAUGGGACCCUACUCAGAAAUGAUAUUUCCUAAAGUGGUGUUUGUUGCUAAAAUUAAGUCUUGAGGCAGUGAUGAGAAAUUUGAAUUCAGUGUUUUCCACUUGAACCAGAGUGUAUAUCGUGUUUAGCAGAGUUAAUCAUUUUUACUCUUCACAUUCUUGGUUUAUUUUCUGAUCCCCUCUUAUGUCCUGGCUUGCUUUCCCAAAAAACCUUUUAUUGGGCUGUGGGUGAGUAUCUAUCCAACGCCUGAGAGAAUGUACCAGGUUAACUCCUGUAGUUGUCCUUGAUUCCUACCUCCCGAUUCCUAUCAGGCCUAUGUCUGGGAGUCUUUUCAACACAUUCCGCUGGAGGAGCUCAUGACCUUUGAACUUCCAUUGACCAGAUCUUCUGGUGAAAACAUGGCGGAAGAAUGUUGCCAUGGUGAUGGAUGCACGCACUGAUGGCAUUGCAAUCAGUGAGGCCCCUCCGUCACUUAUAGGCCUCAAAAUUUAUAGGUGAAGGUUUGGAUUGGCGGAUCAAUUCAUAUUCUAUGGAAGGGAACUUAUUCAUCUCAAAUAGAUAAAAUGAAGCAAAUCGUGACUGUUAAAUCUGGUUUUCUGGUUAUAUUGGUGGUGACUGAAGAUUAAAAUGGAGAAAGUAUCAGCCACCCCACCAAUGUCCGAAUAAACCCGCUGUACACUCAUAAGGACUAGCUGAUGGUUUCUCGCACUUCACUGCUUGUUUUUACCACGCUACAAAAUGGCGCAGAGAGUUUUGAUCCUCUGAGGAGCAAAGGAAUUUUUAUGUUUCUACAGAUGUUUUAUGUCAGUUUUUUUUCUUAAAAUUGUGUUGUGCAAAUACCCAGAGCAAUGGAACACAGAUCAAAGCAUCAAAGUGAAGGACAGAGAUCUGUGUGUGGACUACGAAGACUAAAUAACUUGCACUUUGCAUUGUUUUGUUGCGCAAUGAUGCUGUUAUUGUCUUGCAAAUAGUUCAUAACCAUGACAACUGUGGGGUUUUUUUUCCUUUCAGAUUACGUGAAUAUCUCAUUAUAUAAAUUAUACUGUGUAAUAAAAUAAAAUUUCAUUCAGCAACAGGUGUUUUCCGUGGUAGAAUAAGUGGGCUUUAACCAUGGAAGGAAAGCACUGUUUCUAAAUGGUUUCUUGUUUAAUGUUGAAAGCUAACUCUUCCCUUUGAGGUUACUUUUAACCUGGUGACAGGGGAGGAGCUAAGUCUACAAGUGUGAGCAAUUUUUCGUUGCCCUGUUCCUUUGUUCAAUUUUCACCCUCCUGCUCCAACCUUAAGACUCUGAUCAACCAUCUGCCCCUUCCCUGAUCUUGCCCAAGUAUCCAUGCUUCAUGUGUGAGCAGGACCAGUGGGAUGUUGUCCAGAUGUAUACUUUCACUACAGAGUUACUGAUGGGAGAGGACUAUGAGGUAAGAUUUCUGCUGUCUCCUUUACCCAAGGGAUGCUGUGGAUAGAUUAAAGGCAAUUUAAGUUUGAAGAGGUGUUAAGUCAAGUUCAAAGAACAUUUCAAAGCUGAGUGCCAGAUUUUGGGGUAUGGAAUAUGGUAAAAUUGUACAAAUUGACGUCCUUUGAUCAUAUUGGAGAUUCAAUCUGUGUAAAACCUAUGCCUUGCGAGUUCCAUUGUUCAUAUCCCUUUGUUAUCAUCACUUCCAAAGCCAACAAUGGACCAUUGUGGGCUCUAC